AUGACAUGCGUCGGACAGAUUGUCUCAGCUACUUCCGAAACUCCAGUUCCUGUAUUUUCUAUGGCGACUGGGAUUUAUACUACUUCAAACCCAGUUUCUGGCUUGCCAAUACAGACUUUUCCAACUGGCUACUUAGUUGGCAACGCACCAAAUAGCAUCCAAAUCCAACAUCCUGGCCAAUUUGAGGUUAUAGACUAUAACUUUCCUAAUUUGUCUAUUUUUAUUAUCUUCGUCCAAGACAUGAAUUAUUUGGGUCCAUCACCGGCCUCCACAGUCGCCGAACAAUUAAUUGCUUCUUCGGAAGCAGUUGCUCUUUCAAAUGAUCUUUCCCACAUCAACCUUCUGCCAAUCGUAGGCUCCACUUCGAUUUCUUCUCAACUUGGACCCUCUCGCACCCAAACCUCAGUAACAUUGUCUGCCGACUCUCUGGUUGAUCAUUCGUCUACUCUUGAAUCAUUCUCGUCUGCUGGUGCGCCUUCCGUUGCUAAUAUAACUCCUGUCAUGCUUUAUGCCGGUCAAUUAGAGCAGAUUUCUGGCUCUACUAUUAAUUCAACCGAACUAGUUUCUUCAGUCAAUGGGACAACUAUGAUGGAGGGUCCGGGUCGCCGCAAUCGGAUUGGAGCAGGUCAUAUACCGCAGACGAGUCACGAUUCAUCUGGUGGUCCGCAGUAUCCGAUAACGCCUUGUUCCAGUGAGCCAGGUCGACGCAUAGAAACGCAUGAACCUGACGAUGCGGGAGAGUCAAGAAAACAAUCGGUUCCACCAACUAGUAUUCGAAGCAACAAGAAAAAGGGUAGUGGGGCUAUUCUAUUAGAUAAAGGUGAGCUAUUAGACACUAAGCUGUUUUCGCGUUUUGACUACAACUCAGGAAUUGUAUCAUCCCAGUGA